AUGGAAGACCUUUAUGUGGCAAACACAAUCUUUGCCCUCAAUUUCUUCAAGCACCUGGCAAAUACAAGUGCCGACACCCAGAAUCUCCUCUUCUGUCCCUGGAGCAUCUCCGCCACCAUGGCCAUGGUCUACCUGGGCGCCCGGGGCAGUACUGCGGACCAGAUAGCCCAGGUGCUUCAGUUUAGCCACGCUGGAGUCCACAGAGGCGCCCCAGCGACCCCACGGAGCCUCAGCAGCUGUGAUUUCUCACAGCAGACCCAGAGGGGCGCCUGUCCUGAUGCUAUUUUGCAGGCACAAGCUGCGGGGGUAAUCCAUUCAUCCUUCCAUUCUCUCAGCAACGCCAUCAACGUGUCCACGGGGGAGUAUUUAUUGGAAAGUGCCAAUAAACUGUUUGGAGAGAAAUCUGCAAGGUUCAAGGAAAGGGUCAGAAUUCCACUAGGCUCACAAGGCUCCCUGAGGCCAUGGGACAUGAUCCAACACAGUCAUGCUUAUGUUCCCUCCGUGGGUGCCUCCUGUUUCUACUGUAAAAACCCCACAUGGAAAGUCACAAGUCAGGAGGAAUACAUGGAACUCUGUAAGAAAUAUUACUCUACAGAACCGCAGGCGGUCGACUUCCUAGAAUGUGCAGAAGAUGCCAGAAAAAAGAUUAAUUCCUGGGUCAAGACUCAAACCAAAGGCAAAAUCCCAAACUUGUUACCUGAAGGUUCUGUUGAUGCAGACACCAAGAUGGUCCUGGUGAAUGCUAUCUACUUCAAAGGAAAAUGGAAGACUCCAUUUCAGAAGAAACUAAAGGGGCUUUAUCCUUUCCGUGUGAACUCGACUCAGCGCAAAUCAGUAGAGAUGAUGUUCCUGCACGAAAAGCUAAACAUUGGAUACAUAGCAGACCUGAAGGUCCAGAUUCUAGAACUCCCAUAUGCUGGCGAGGUCAGUAUGUUCCUGCUGCUUCCAGAUGGAAUUGCUGAGUCCUCCACGGGCUUGGAGUUGCUGGAGAGUGAAAUCACCCAUGACAAACUCAGCAAGUGGCUCAGCGAGGACACCAUGGGUGAGGAUGACGUGGAGGUGUACAUCCCCAAGUUCAAACUGGAAGAGCGUUAUGGACUCAAGACCAUUCUCACGAGCAUGGGCAUGGGCGAUGCCUUCAGCCAAGGCCGAGCCAAUUUCUCAGGCAUGUCAGAAAAGAAUGACCUGUUUCUGUCUGAAGUGUUCCAUCAAGCUUCUGUGGAUGUGAACGAGGAGGGCACUGAGGCUGCUGCCGGCACUGGGGCCAUCGUAACAGGGAGAACAGGCCAUGGAGGCCCGCAGUUUGUGGCAGACCAUCCUUUCCUCUUCCUUAUCAUGCACAAGAUAACCAAGAGCAUUCUCUUUUGGGGCAGAUUUGCAUCACCCUAA